AUUCAGUCAGGAUUUGGGUCGAACCAGCGGCAGUUUCUUCCUACUCCCACCGGCUUCGGAAACGCGGAUCUCAGUUGGCUGUCCAUUUCAAGUCAGCAAGAGCUUUUCAAGAUGGUCAGACCGCCUUAUUCCUAUUCAGCGCUGAUUGCGAUGGCUAUUCAGAACGCGCAGGAUAAGAAACUGACGCUCAGUCAGAUUUAUCAGUAUGUGGCGGAAAGCUUUCCUUUUUAUAAGAAAAGCAAAGCCGGAUGGCAGAACUCCAUAAGACACAAUCUGUCCUUGAACGAUUGCUUCAAGAAAGUCGCGCGGGAUGAGGACGACCCUGGGAAAGGAAAUUACUGGACUUUGGACCCCAACUGCGAGAAAAUGUUCGAUAACGGCAACUUCAGAAGGAAGAGAAAGAGAAGAGCUGAUGGAAACGCCAGUAGCCUGUCGGUAAAAUCCGAGGACGCGCUCAAAUUGGCGGACGCGGUGAGUCUGAUGAGCGCAUCUCCGCAGAGCCUCCAGAACUCUCCGACCUCAAGCGAACCCAAAUCGUCCCCUUCACCAUCCGCAGAGCACAGCCCGUGUUUUAACAACUUUAUCGGUAACAUGAACUCGAUAAUGGCUGGAAACGGCAACGGGAUCAGAAGCAGAGACGUCAGUUCUGGACACUUGGGGGAUUUUACGCACGGCAUGUCUGGACAUGAAAUUGCCCCUCCAUCAGAACCGGGCCAUCUCAACACCAACAGACUGAACUACUACUCAGCGUCCCAUAACAACAGUGGCUUGAUCAACUCGUUCUCCAAUCAUUUCAGUGUCAGUAAUCUCAUUUACAACCGGGACGGAACAGAAGUUUAGAAUUUGUGAACCUCUAAUGUGCUCUGUGAGUACAUGGACAAUCUGUUCUUACAUUAGACUUCAUUUCUAUGCAUGCUCACCUCAGCUGCACAGCUCAUUUUCAUUCAGACUCUCUGGUGUUUUGGAAUGCAUCAGCAAGUGGGUUUGCAUCAUUUACAUUUAUUCUGCUAUGAAUAAAUGGUAACUUUGCACCAAACUGUGAUACGUAACAAGUCCACGCAUGUCUAUUUCCUAGGCCACCAUAACA